CACAGUGCGCAUGCUCGAUACGUCCCGGAGGUCGUCCGAGCCGGUGUUUUCCCCACGUGCAGCGUGAAGCGUAGGACAGCAUGUUGUGAGAAGAUGGGGGCUGCGGUGUUUCGCGCAAUCCGUAAUUUCAAUCUAGAGAACCGGGCGGAACGGGAAAUCAGCAAGAUGAAGCCCUCUGCGGCUCCGAGGCACCCCUCCACCAAGAGCCUCCUGCGAGAGCAGAUGAGCCGCCAUCCAGAAAUUAAGGGAGAAAUAGCUAGAAAAGAUGACAAACUGCUGUCUUUACUAAAAGAUGUGUAUGUUGAUUCCAAAGAUCCGGUGUCUUCUUUGCAGGUAAAAGAUCCUGGAACACCUCAAGAGCAAAAGGAGUUCAGAUUGGCAAAAGGCCAUGACUUUAACAUGAAUAUCAAAAACAUUCCCAAAGGCAAAAUUUCCGUUGUAGAGGCAUUGACACUUCUCAAUAAUCACAAACUUUAUCCAGAAACGUGGACUGCUGAGAAAAUAGCAGAAGAAUACUACCUAGAACAGAAAGAUGUAAAAUCCCUUCUCAGAUAUUUUGUUACUUUUGAAGUCAAUCUCUUACCUCCUAACGGCAAGAAAGCGAUACCAUCAAAAUGAAGAAAAUUUUGAAAUCACUUCCUAUAUGUACUCCCCAUUCCCAUGCCCUCUUCAGUUUCUCAUUUUCAGCAUGUUAAUUAUACAAAUUAUUAAAUAUUUAAAACUCCUUUCUUGGGAGAGCAUACUAUUUAUUGGGCUCUGCUGAAUUUUCAGGAUUGCUCAUAGGAUGAAUUUUGUUUUCUUAUAAAGUUUAAUUUGGUUUCAGCAUAUGUUCCUGUGUAAUAUCAGCAAGACUAAUGAGCACAUAUAUAAAUCUAUUAUAAAUAAAAAACUUAAAGUGUAAUUUUUGGCACAUCAUCUCAUCAGCUUUUAGAUUGGUCUUAUAGCUUCUUGGGAAAUGUCCUGAAUCUCUCAAUUUAACAUUCAAAGUUUUGCCAUCCAAUUUAGGUGAUUAAUUUAUUCUUCCUAUAGAAUUGUGAAAGUAAGAGUUUUCCUAACUCUUAUGACUAUAAUAUUUUCUUGUUAGGGAAAGGGAGACUUGACAGUGAGAUAUGAUAAUGGUAUUUCCCAAAUGAAAACAGACAGGAAAGUGGAUAUGAAAUCAAUAGAAAAAAGUACAUUUUAUUAUUAUAAGGAAUAAGAGUUAGCAAGGGCUUCUCUUGUUUUGAACUAUUUUAUUUAUGUAUGGAAUAACUUCUUAAAAUAAUAAAAAAGGAAUUGGUAUUUACAAAAUUUUAGCCAUCUCUGUUUUGACAAACAGACCCAAAAGCUUUCAGAGAGGCAGGCAGUUGUGGGAGGUAUCAGAAAAAAGUGGCUUCUCUGGGUUUAAUAGAAAACACAAGAAAAUUGUAAAGAAGGGUUGAAUCGGAGAACCAUGAUAAAUGAAGUUUAGUGAUGAGAUAUAUUUUUGUUUUCUACUGUAAAUGCUGGCUGAAAGAAGAGAGGAAAAAACUGCAAGAAGCUUAAAAUUUGAGCAUUGGAAGGGACCUAGGAAAUUGCUGCUUCAUCCAUUGAACCAACUUAUGAGUACAGUGUGUACCGGUACUAGGGUUUUGAGUGAGAUCGUCUAAGUUUAGCUGUGUCCGUAUUACCACCUGUGGGAUCUUGGUAGAUUGUAUAACCUCUUUGAGACUGAAUUUCCUCUAUAAAAUGAGUAUAAUGCUGCCUUAUUUAAAUCUAACGGUUACUGUGAAGAUAAAUGAUAAUAACGGACUGAAUGAAUAUGACUUAUUUUUGCAGUUUUGAACAGAGGCCUGGGAAGGUUUCAUGACCUGUUUAGGAUUAUUCUCUAGUUAAUGACAUAGCCGGGCCCAGAAUCUAGGUUUUCAGAUUCCUAGUGGCAUGUUUUUUCUUCUGUGCCAAAAAGAAGUUUAUUUUAGAAGAGCAGAGAGUGCACGUUGUAGGAACAUUGGAGUAUGUGGUAGGAAAAAUUUCCCGGGAAGACAUUCACUACUUCACGGGGUUUUGCCUAGAAAUGGUAUGGAAGAUGCUGAGGAAUUCAGCGUGUUGAUGGAAUGAAGCAUUUGCAGUGCUGAGAAGAGAAAAAUGGGCUGAGAUGGGAAUUUUUUAAACUUGUUUUCAGCUGUAGUUCCUUUAUGUGAAUAAACUGUACCUUGUUUGUAUGUGGUUCAAAUCAGUAGUUCUUUCAAGAAACAAUUGUAAAAAAAUGCAUUUUAAAACUCUGGCAAAACAAUGAUCAAAACUGUUUUCCUUUAUCUAAUAAAGAUCAGUACUUGAAUUACUAAGACUGCUAUUUCUGAGCCAUCUUCCCUAUUCAAAUGUAUACUGUGGUGAGGCAUCUGUAACUCUGGCUGUUCUAUGGAAUCACAUGAUCAAAUAAAGUACUUCCCAAUCUUU